AUGGCCGACUCCAAUCCAUCCUCACUGGAUCAAUCCAGAUCAACUUCAGUUACAAAUUCGUCGAGAACGACUCAUCAGCGGAAGCCUUCCUUCAGCAUCUCAUCUAAUCUAUACGCCAUCCCCGAGAAGUCAAGUCCUUCUGUAACCCAACAACCACCGCAACAGCAACCACCAUCAACGCCUGAAAAAUACGCUACGACAACGAGGAUACCACAUUCGGCCACAUGGAGGCGAUAUCUGGAUCGGAUUGCUGGCCGAUUUGAUUCAUUAUUCAAUCCGUCAGGGCCAUUACUUCCUCACGAUAAGCAUGGUGGUGCUUUUGGUGGUACACAAAAACGGUUUUGGCUGGCAUCACUAUCGCAACCUGUACGAUUCCUACUGCUUUUCUAUGUCGUAUUUUCGGUCUUUUUCACUAUCAAUCAUACCUGGAAUUGGUUCUUUUCACCUUCCGUUCAGUUGGAUGAACGCUUUGGCGAUCAUUGGAAGCCCGAACGAACGUAUGAUGCAGAUCAAACCUACUCUGUUUUGGAUAACAUGACACAUGGCCUUCAAAUGUCAAAGCUCUUUUCCAAAUCAUUUUACGAUGCGACCAAGGCGACCGAUCCAUUUUGGUUAAAGGGCGAUCAAGUACCAGAAAGUGGUGAUAUUACACUCGUGACAGCUGUGACUCCAGGCACAUGGAAUGAAUUGGAACGCUUGGCUGGUUAUUGGAAAGGUCCUAUUUCGGCUGUAUUGCAUGCUAGCAAGGAUGAUGAUGACAUGACAACACUUUCAACUAUUCGAGAAUCCUACAAUCGCAAUCAAGAGGUUGCUUCUUGGGUGGAUGUUCAUCUUGUACGUCAUGCAGGACCUCCCAUAUCAGUGCUACUACCUCGCAAUGCUGAACGAAAUCUUGCUCGUUUAUUGGCUCGCACCGAGUAUAUCGUUGAAUUGUCCAGCAACAUUGUUCCUGCCACCAAUGUACGACGCACGUUCAACACAAAUCGCAAGAUCUUUGAAGCAUUAUUGAAAGGCGGCGAUAUGCUUGUGGUACCAACGUUCGGUUUCCCGGAUCAUGACAUGAGCCAAUAUACCAUUCCUUAUCACAAAUCUCGCUUAUUGGAACUUGUGGAUGAACAACAAAUGGGUUUGACGGAUCGCCACUGGGACAUGAAUGAAGGACCAACCAACCUCGUACGCUGGCGAGAUUCGCCUACUUUGUACUCGGUGGAAAAUUACCAUUACGACUAUGAGCCUAUCGUCGUAGAAAGCAAGCGAGUGCAACCAUGGUGUACGGAGCGGUUUUUGGAUCGACGAUCAGCAUGCUUCUUGUCCAGCUAUUUGGCAGGUGGUGAAUUUUGGGUGCUGCCAGAUGACUUUAUGGUCCGUUUACCAGAAAGCAAAGAAUACAUUAUGCCUGAUCUUGAUCAUGUCGUUGAAAAUAGACUCUACGCUAAAUUUUACUGGGAGCAAUGCGUUCACCAUGCUCGACAGCUUGACGCUCUUGGAUUAUGGAAAGGACCACGUUCAGAACAUGUUCGUAAACAAUGCUCUCGAGUAAUUCAAAAUUGGGGAAAGGGCCUUAUUGGUCGUCCAGAAUAA